AAUCUCGAUUUUUCUACGUUUUUUUUUGCAGUUUCGCUAUGGAGCUCCACGGGCCCCUCCCGGGUCCGGGCCUGUGUGCUUCGCACACAUGGCACACCGGUAUAUACGCCACUGAGUCUCACACCGAGUCUCAUAUAUUCUAAAGUUUUUCUGGAAAACUAGUGAAGGCAAAAAUUUGAAACUUUUUGCAUGUGAAGAGUAGAAAGGUGAGAAGCUCAUUUUCCCAAUAUUUCAAAUUUUUCCAAU